AUGGGAAGAGACCCCACGAGGCACAACCAAAGUUUGCAUUGCCAGUACCACCAAGAAGGAGGGCACACCACCGAGGAUUGUAGAACUCUAUGGAACCAUUUGGAGCAAUUGGUCAGAGAGGGAAAGUUACAGCAAUUUUUGUAUCGGCCCAACAGACAAAGAGACCAACCAAGGUCAGGGGCUCAAGAGAACGCUUCUUCAAGGCCUUUGUUAGGCACAAUCAAUGUCAUAUUUGCUACGCCAGGAAGGACUGGUUCUCAUCCUUCUAGGGUGAUGUCUAUAGCUCAGCUACAGGCCGAGGACCAUAACCCUGAGCCAAAGAGGGCUAAAGUGGAGAUCUGUCCAACACUAAGUUUUUCGGAUGAGGACAAGAUAGGAACCAUCCAGCCGCACGAUGAUACUUCGAUGGUCACCCUCAGAAUAGGAGGGUAUGAUGUGAAGAGGGUGAUGGUAGACUAG